UUUGACCGCGGAAAACUGUAGAAGACUGAAAACAAGUUUAUUUUGUAAAGAAAUAAAAAAAAGCUAUAAACAAUAGAAAAUUUUAUGUUUUUAUUCUGUGAAAAAUAUCGUUUGCUUAGAUUAAAAUAUGGAGAAGAAUGGACAAGGUAUACUGUUAUUUACAAUAGUAUUGUUUUUAUAGCACGUGGGUAUUGUGGUUAUGAUUAAUGCUUGUAAAAUUUGUAAACAAAAUGUGAUCAAUUUGUGGAUUUUAAAUUCCAAUGUAAAGGCCCAAUAUACGUGUUGUAUAUGGUGGUCAACCCUGUGGUUAACCUUACAAACGUUGACUUAUGGAGGCUUCACAAGACCUUCAAUUCUAUUUUUUGUGCCUCCAAAUACAAAACUACUACAUAUAAUGAGCAACCAAUCAACAUUUUCUCGCUCUGAUAUUAAACUGUAGAUUGACCACCUGCUGUAUGAUAUGGUGCUUAGUGAAACCCAGCUAUACCAAUCAGAAUCUUAUUUUUAGGUCAACAAAUACAGGUACAGGCGACAAGACCAGAUCAAAACAAACCCAAACCGAAAAUGCCUCAUCAACCAAUGCCAUCGUCACGUUAUAACGAGUUGCUUCGUGUGAUUGAAGAGCUGGGGAAAGAUGUGAAACCAACGUACGCAGGGAGUAAGAACGCUGGAGAGAGGUUAAGAAAAGGUGGGCUUUAGGCACAGAAUACUAUACAGAAGUCUAUCUCCAUUGUUUUUUGUGUAAGCACUAUUCGUCAUGAUUCAUCACUCUGCAAGUACCGUAAACAGAACCAGUCACCCCCUGGAAAUAUUCAAAAUGGCACACGUCCGGGGGGUGACUGCUUCUGUUUACAGUACUUGCUGAGUGACGAAUCAUGACCAAUAGCGCUUAUGCAAAAAAACAAUGGAGAUGGCCUUCUGUAUAGUAUUCUGUGCUUUAGGACUGCACAAUCAUAAAAUUAGCUAACAUUAAUGCUUGCUUACAUUGCUGCGAAUCAGUACAGGCUAUAAUGCACUAUGCUGCAAAUAUGGUUUUAUUUAAAACUUGGUAGUUGCAAUGAUUCACGUUUUUGUGAAUUGCCAGGUAUUUUGAGGGUUUUGCGCUAGGUCUGUACAGAAGGUAUGAUGAUACUAAACACACUUGUUUUUGUUCCUAGGAAUUCUUCAUGCAAGAGCCUUAGUGCGAGAUUGCCUCUUGGAAACGGAACGAAAUGCAAGGAAAUAAAUAUCAAAAUGUUCAUAUCUUCUGAAAACAUAAAGAAAAGAGAGGAAUUCUAGUCAAUUUUGUAUUGAGGCUACAUCCAAACAGAACUGCAAAAUACAAAGAUGAAUCAAUUGGCAACAAACUUUAUUUAACAGCAUAUAUUAAUGCUAAACCAAUAACCUGAUGUAUUUUAAAGUGACACACAAGUGAUUGGAGGGUCAUGAAAAAUAAAUGAAAGAGAGAACUUAUUAUGCUAUUGUGAUGUUUUGUCAACAGAUGUCACACAUACAAAAUUGAGCCCCAAAAGAUGACAGCAGUUACUACAUGAAAUCACCAGCUGAAUUAUGUUUGUGUGAAAUCUACUUUGACAAAAACAUUGACUACAUAUGCUUGGGCAGUACUAGUUUAAAUCAAAAACAACAAACAAGUAUUUCUUCUUCAAAACAUUGCCACAUAUACUGUAUUUACAAUAAAGAAAUUUAACCAACUUAAUUUGUAGAUUAAUUAUUAUUUUGAUUAUUGUCUUCUGAGUUUUUAUUCAGUUCUAAUAACUCAUUCUUGAUGUUUCUUUUUCUCACGUAAUCUGCUUUUCGUUUCCUUAUUCUCUCCCAGUUCUUCGCUACUUUGCUUUCCUUUCCAUUGUAAAAGUAAUCUAGUUUUUCUUGGAGUAUUUCCCGAGCGAGUGUUCUGUUUCUUUCCAAGUAUCUUGUCUGAUGGCACUAAAAAGAAUAGGACGAUGUUAUAUAAUUAUGUUUUGCAUGUUUCAUGAUAGAAGCAAUAAAAAUAUAUGCU